AUGUCAACAUUCGGCGGACCUGGCGGACGUCAAGUCAUCGCAAAACCCACACCACCCGAACGCGGCUCCUUCCCACUCGACCACGAUGCCGAGUGUCAACACAUCAUGAAGUCGUACCUACGCUGCCUGCGCGCCCACCGCGGCAUGAACGACGAAGAGUGCCGCAUGCUGAGCAAGAGCUAUCUCCAAUGUCGCAUGGACAAGAACCUCAUGGCGCCCGAUGAGAUGAAGAAUCUUGGUUUUGACAAUACUCCACAAGCUCUGGCUGCCGCCGCCGCCGCUGGACAUGCUCCGCCCACAGAUACGACGAAAAAGUCGUCAGAAGGAGCCAAGAAAUAG